AUGUCUCCCGUCAUCACGGGACUGAGCUUGUUUAUUACUUCUACUGAAUGCAUGAUUGGGAUCCUUUUCAAUUUCACCAUCGUGCUCCUGAAUCUUUUAGACUGGAAACAAGGCAGAAAAUUGACCCAGUGCGAUAAGAUCCUGACCCUCGCCGCUCUUAACAACGUUCUCAUGCAGUCUUAUAUGAACAUAUGCACGAUAAUCUUUGUCAUCGCCCCUGAUUUGGCUCAGAAAAAUACAUUUUUUACAAUUGCUUCAUCUUUUCAACUCUUUCAUAUCAUCUAUAGCUUCUGGGUGACUUCAUGUCUCUGCUUUUACUACUGUCUAAGCAUUGUGAACUUUAAACACAGAUUCCUUCUUCGCAUGAAGCUAAAGAUCUCCACGGUGGUAUCAAGCCUAUUGUUGGUGUCCGGGGUGGGAUCCUUUGUUUUCAGCAUUCUAUGUAAUUUUAGCAUUCAUGUUAAUGAUUUAACGGAAAUUGGAAACGGCACCGACAGCAUGUUUUUUCAUAAUCUAGGCAUUGAAAUCAGUCCAGUUUAUAAAGUCCUGAUCAUUGUCUUGGGCUUUUGCUUGCCCUUUGGGCUAGCUGUUGUCUCGGUGGCCCUCACCUUGUCCUCUCUCUGGACUCACUCUUGGAGAAUGAAGCAGAAUUCACCAAAUUUCAGCUUCGCCCGUGUGGCCGCGCACGUGAGGGCAGCUCGGAUAAUGGUGAUCCUUGUGUUCCUGUAUGCCGUCUUCUGCAUUGCUCAGGUUACUCUAAUGUCCUCUUCAUGGACUAUUCGAACCAUCUGGGAGUUGGUGAUAUUUUUCCUGGCAUUAACCUACCCUUCACUCCAGUCAAGGGCACUUAUCUUCGGCAACACCAAACUCCGAAGGUUCUAUAUGAAGAUAUGUCGUUGCUCCAUGCUGAAUGGAUAUUGA